GAGCAGCUGUGAGCCUCGCGACGAGCCCUCCACCACAGCCGAGGCAGCCUGCUCUCUUCUGACCCGCAUUCGGCCGCACAGGCACGGGGGAGGACGCAGCGCGCACACACCGACCGUGGCAGUGGCUUUGGCAGUUGGCGGAGGGAAGUGGGCCACUGGGAGAGGCUCGGACGCCUUUUUGACACGAAUAUUCAGUUUUGUUUAUGCAAUAUGAAGCAUUUCAUUGAGGAGACCUGCCUCUUAAAGAACCAGGUGGAACGACUGAAGAGUCCUCCCUGUAAAAGUUAGGACAACAACAGAAAGAAUUUUUGAAGAAAGAAUUGGUGCACACUGCUCAGGCUGACACUAUUCGUUGCAGUAAAAACCACCAGCAUUAUUUUUGACAUGAUACAAGAUUUAAGAAUAUUUGGACAGAUUUAUCUCCUACCAUCCUCUUCUCCAUCGAAUCAGAGGAAACAUCUGCUUUAUACCUCCUGUAGAAAUACAAAAGGAUCGAAACAAUUAUCUAUGAUAUCAGUUCCUGCAUUUCUUUGUGCACAUUUAUAAAAAUACCUCGGGGAUACUCUUCGAUUACCUACCUCUUCCAUUAAAAUAGCCAACUCAGUGACCAGAACACAGCAAAUCCACACCUCUGACCUCUUACUGCCGUUACCGUGACAACCUGGAUUGCCUCUCAAACUCUUCUUCCAGCAGUUGUUACAACCAGCAAUGACUCUGGACCUCGUACUUGGAUCUGCCCAUCGUCUAAAAUUGAUUCGUGUUUCGUGAAAAAUCUUGCUGGAGAGGCUGCUGUACACCCGUCCAAUAAUAUACCUCAGUUGACAAAUUGUCGACACACUCAGUGAAGGAAACAGAAGGGAACUCGCGACAUCAUCCAGAACACUGGUGCUUCAAAGGACCCAAUGGACCACCAAUGUCAGCAUCGUUCAUUUGCCUUAGAGACUGGGAUAUAGCAACUGUGGCCUGAGAAUCAUUUUGGACUCUCCAUUUGCUUCUCAAUUAGUCUCAUUACAUAUAAGCCUCAACGUUUAUGUGGAAGCGCAGAUAAGCUAUUGUCCAAGAGGCCUUCGGAGAAGGUGAAGUUUCAUUCCAUUUGAGCUUCCUCUCAUCCAUUGAAGCCUCCAGAGAAGUGCUGAGCAGGAACACAAAGAAUGCAGAAUUCUUGGAAGAUAGAACGUAAAGCACUAAAUUAAUUGACAAAUCAAGACUGAGAAGAUCCCUCCCGUGUACCACAAAAGAACUAAAGAAAAGAUGCCUUAAGACAAAAGAAAGGAAUGCAUCGUUGGCAUGGCAACACACAGUCUGCCCCACCACCUGUGGCUUGGAAAUGCUGUGAUGUAUAGGAAACUGCAUCAACCAAUAAGACUUUUGGCUCGGGAUGAAAAGAUGGGAGGGGGCUCUCUCACUCACAAGUCCUAUUGUGCUUAGAACAUGCCAAACAGGGAAGGACAAGAUGACUCUAUGAUGUUUGUCUCAUCUAUCUGGACACAUACAUGAGUUUAUUUUGCCUCAGCUGUUGUUGUGCCAACCACGCUCCUCCCUACCAAUGACUGCAACCAUUCCCAUGUGGCUGCCUAUUGAAGGGUCUGCCGGCAAAUCCUGAGCAGCAAGGGCUGCGUCAGCCUCAUUGUCCUGUCAUUGGCUGCUGGAUGGGACUGAGGCCGAAUGGAGCCAGAGUCCAAGAAGCAGAAUAACGACUCAUCAGAGAAAGAUGAGAAAGGGUGGCUCGAUGUGCCAAAGAGAAAAAGGAAGGACAGCCAGUCUUCGAUGAAGAGUAUGUCUGCUCUUAGCAUCUCUGUUCCAGGGUAUAUCCCCAGCUACCUGGAAAAGGAUGAGCCAUGCGUGGUGUGCGGCGACAAGGCGACCGGUUACCACUACCGCUGCAUCACAUGCGAGGGCUGCAAGGGUUUCUUCCGUCGGACCAUCCAAAAGAACCUCCACCCGGCGUACUCGUGUAAAUAUGAAGGCUGCUGCGUCAUCGACAAGAUCACCCGCAACCAGUGCCAGCUUUGUCGUUUUAAGAAGUGCAUCUCUGUUGGCAUGGCCAUGGACUUGGUGUUGGACGACUCGAAGCGUGUGGCUAAACGGCGUCUCAUCGAGGAGAAUCGGGAGAAAAGAAAAAGGGUGGAGUUGGUGCGGACGCUCCAGGUGAGGCCAGAGCCAAACACCACCGAGUGGGAAUUGAUCAGGAUGGCGACUGAGGCCCACCGGCACACCAACGCCCAGGGAUCCAGCUGGAAACAGAAGCGCAAGUUUCUGCCAGAUGAUAUUGGCCAGGGAAAAUUGGUACCCACAUCGGAAGGUGAUAAGGUAGACCUGGAAGCCUUCAGUGAGUUCACCAAGAUCAUGACGCCUGCCAUUACUCGUGUGGUGGACUUUGCCAAGAAACUACCCAUGUUCUCAGAGCUUCCGUGCGAAGACCAGAUCAUCUUGUUGAAAGGGUGCUGCAUGGAGAUCAUGUCACUACGCGCUGCCGUACGCUACGAUCCAGAAAGCGAGACACUGACACUUAACGGCGAGAUGGCUGUGAAACGUGAGCAGCUGAAGAACGGCGGCUUGGGCGUGGUGUCGGAUGCCAUCUUUGAUUUAGGCAAGAGUCUGGCCCUGUUUAACCUGGACGACUCUGAGGUGGCGCUAAUGCAGGCCGUCCUUCUCAUGAGCUCAGAUCGCUCAGGGCUGACGAGCGUGGAGAAGAUCGAGCAGUGCCAAGAGGCUUACCUGCUGGCGUUCGAGCACUACAUCAACUACCGCAAGCACGACAUUCCUCACUUCUGGCCCAAGCUGUUGAUGAAGGUAACAGACCUGCGCAUGAUCGGAGCGUGCCACGCCAGCCGCUUCCUCCACAUGAAGGUGGAGUGUCCCAACGAGUUGUUUCCCCCACUCUUCUUGGAGGUCUUCGAGGAACAGGAUGUGUGACUCUUAAAACAGUGGCACCCCCGUACACAAACACCUUGACGCUGAAUAAACUCGGUAGGGGGGUGCGUCGGGAAAGACGGAGAAAGCAAAUCUCUUUUUUUUUUUCUUCCUUGAUGGGAUCAUUUGGCUUUGGACACCCACAGCUUAUCACCAGCACUCAACAUCACAAGGAAAAGAAAAACAAUGUGGCGUCUUUGUGGUGUCACUUUAAACUUAUUUCAACUUACGAACUCAAGUCGAACUAUAUGCAGAAAAACACAAAUCCAACGGGCCGACUGUCUCCCCACACAGACAGACAGACACCUUUCACCUCAUGCGGUGUGCUCCUUUUUCCUGCUCCUAAUCUCCUCAGACGAUCCCACCCCACAGGCUUCUUUGUACCUCCCUUAUCGGCAGCAGACCCGCUACAGUUCAGCCUGACCCCCGUUCAGCCGCUGAUACCGCAGUGUUCGCCAACCUACCUCCCUCACGUAGUGAGCUCUCUAAUACGCGCACACACGCUCCCCCAAAUACAACAUAGACGCCUAUAUUUUUACCUCAUAGCUUGUCAAAUGUAGUGUCUUAUUUAUUGAUGGCUUGCUGCGAAAACACACAACCAUGUAGUCUUCGGUCUCUGCUUGUCCUUUUAUCACGGCUCUUAGUAUGAAGCUACAGUACGGCAAAAUGUCAGCUCACCCUCGCUCCGAGCUUUUCUUGGAUAUUGUGAUGGCUUACGAGCACAGGCUCAAGACUUUCUAUCCGGGAUUCAUAAUCAGUGGCGGCUGGUGGGAACUUUUUAAUGUACACCUGUAGCCCACACCAUCCAAUCCGGUCCCUCUCGGAUAGCACGGGGAACGGAGGUAUUCCAAACACAGAACUACUUACCAUAUUUGACAGUUAUUCUAUUCCGAGCUGCAAAUAAAAAUGUUUUUUUUUUUUAAGAUGCCUCUAUGCAGCUUAUUUUGGUGUUGGUGGGGAAGCCAGUUUAAAGAGUGAAGUGGAAACGGGAAUCAAACGUUAGCUCUGCGGAUAAUUGCACGGAGGGAAACGUGGGAGUUGAUUGUGGAGUUGCGACAGAAAGCACCAAAAGAAAGAAGUGUAAAAAAUAGAAAGUUGACACGCAGUUUGUUCAAAAAGGCUUACGUUCAGAUGCAACAGCCAAAUGCCAAAUACAUAGUGAAACAGGCUGAUAUUAAAAACAUCUAUAAAUUAGGACAACACUGAGCUGUGUUGAACUUGCACUAUUCCUUAUUUAAGCUCUUUCUUUGUAAGCAAAGCAAAGCUCACGUGAAACAUUCACCAGACACUUCUGCGCUCUCCAUUUGGCUUCAAGCCUUCAAAAGUAGGACCCGAUUCCGCAGGUAUGCGAAUUGAUCGGAUGUCUCGAUUAGGCUGUCUUGCAAGUCAUUGCUCAGUUGCGAUGCGCAUGGAUUUCCAACGCAUCCUCAAUCGUUGUAAUCUAAUUUGUUCUUUGGCCUCAGGAAUGUUGGCACCCUCACACCCUCUUUAUUAGCCAGCCGUCUCUGAUUAUAUCGAAUCUUCAUCCGCUCAAACAACAAGCUGACAGUUUGAAAGUAUUUUUCCUCAGGCGUUGCAAACCGGAACCAAAGGAGAGCGAAUGUUGUCACUGGGUAAAAUGGAACAUACAUUUCAAAUCCCUAGUGAUAGUGCAUGUGAAUGCUGAGAAAUGUCACCAACGCAAAACGGGGAUGAUGAACACUGCUUUAUACACCGCAGGAUAUCUAGCAGUAUCCCCAGAUAUGCAAAUGACGCCUCCAUGCGGCUGUGGGCAAAAUUGGGGUAACACUUGUUCUGAGGCAAUGCCGCCCUUAGAAUUCUGGCGAGUGAACAAUGUUAUGUGCAAUAAAAGCAAUGCCAAGAAAAAGAACUAUUACAAUGCCUCUGUCGGCAUUCACGCUGUUUUUCUUUUUUACAGUGGCAAUAGUCUCAAUGCUUUUCUCAGCAUUUACAUGACACUGUCUAUCAGAUGUUGUAUUGAAUUGGACUUUACUUUCCCAGGAAAGUCGCAUCUCUCAGCAUCCGUAUUUAUAGAAGGAUGUAACUUCACAACUCCUCUUUCAGUGGUAAUGUAAAAAACUGGUUGCAUAGGAAUAUUCAGUGUAGUAAUAUAGUAUAUCAUCUCUCAGAGACGAUUCAGAGUUGACCUCUUGUAUCUCCAAUAUAGACCUUGUUGCUUAGCUUCAUCUUGCACACACCUCACGCUUUUCUUUGAUCUCAUUAUAUCGCUGACCUCGGUUCUACCUAGCCGCACCAAUCGCCGCAGCUCCUUUUCUUUCAAUGUGCCACAAAUCUACUCUGCGUGUACGACGACACAACCCGACCAUUUAGUUGUGUGGCGGCGGGCGGGGAUGAUGUCGCUUACCUCGACGCUCGAACUUGUUUCGAAUCCCUGAUGAAACGGACCGAUUCUACCUCACCUCUCAUGUCGGUGCGGCUGCGCUCUCACCUGCAACACAACAACACGCGUGGAUAGUACAUAUAUAUAGACAUGCCAACGUGUACAGUGGCUCUUUUAAACAGGCCGUGGAUCAACAGUUGACAAGUCAAUUUGUGGGACUAACGGUCAUUUAAGAACCAGAUAUAAGACCCUAUUCACAUGUGACCUCAACAUGUAUGUGUAUGUGUGUGUGUGCGCAAUCCCACGCUAAGCAGGCACUUCUGAUGGUGUCGCAUGCGCAUCAUCGCAUUCAUCUCUGUCGACCGCGUCACGUGCCCGCUGUGUAUGCAAAUUCAUCGCAGCAAUGCUAAACAGCAAUGUUGCUCUUAAGGUUCCCAAUGUGUCCAAGCCCUCCUCAAUUGUUGAUGCACAUUUUAUGCAAUUGAGACAUGUAGACAUCUUGGGUAAAGCACACCACAAACAUGUUGACGUCUCAUCUGAAAUGGGCCUCUCUGACUAAACACGGUGCAGAUUGACCCUACGGCCCGGGGGAUCGAGACCUCCAAAAAGGGCCUGAUUUUGGCCUUGUUGGAAUCAGGUCAACAAAUUACAGUGUCGGGGGGGGGGUUAAAUAAACACCGAGUCUGCACCAUUCAGCCAAACCGAGAGGAAGGAACCGGGGCUUGGUGUCACGUGACUUAUUGCACAGAACUGUUUUCUUGAGAGCGCCCAAACUGCUUGCGGCUGCCAAAGUGGACGCUAAGCUGUUCACCGUGAAGAAGAAGGAAAAGAAGCUUCCCGAGCUGCUCUCCUAUCCUGAAAUUGAAAUACUGCUGAAAUAAGACCCGCUCCGCAAUUAACUAUCAGAUUUUUUUUCUGCUGCGCUAAAGCUACAAUGGAAUGGAAUAUGUAGUAUUACCUAUGUAACAUCUCCAAACACCUUCCUUUGUCUCUUUGACUCGUUUGCCUCAAACUAUCUUGAGUAGGGUUGCAAAAAAAUCAAUCUUUCAAACCAGAACAUUAUGAAUAAAACAUGAAAUGUUGAAAAUCAUCAAUCUGGGUGUGUAUAUAUUUCAUUAAGUAAGUCGAAUUGAACAAAACAAAUGAGUCAAAGAUCAAUCAAUGAAUACAAAUCUAAUUUUUCAUUAAUUCAUUUCACAAAAUAAAUAUAAAUAUAUAUUAUAACAUAUAUAUAUAUAUAGAGAGAGAGAGAGAGAGAUAUCUAAAUAGUUCCAAAAUUCUUUCACAUCCCUGUGGGAUGUUUUGAGAAAUACUAAACCAGUAUUGUUUUGUUUGUUUGUUUUUUUGCAACCCUAAUCUUGACAAUAUUCGAGAAGAUAAGUUGCGGCGCGCAAGCAUGCACACACACGGCGUGUUUUCGCACCUCUCUCUUGCCCGAGUAAACAAACAAGGGGCCGUUUUCACUGCCAUUUUCCCUUGGUUCCAAGCAAUAGCACCUGCAAAAGCAUAAUCGCAAACAUGGCUCGUAUUAGCAGGAAAAUCAUCACGCGUGGAAGCCAUUUUGAACUUUGUGAAAGAAGCCCCUCACAGAGCCACGGCCUUUAAUUGCCACCACGCUUUGUUGCUGCGUUGCGUGCUAUUCCACUUACUUCGAACUGUGAGCGCACACACACAUGCGCACGUAGCAGGGACGAUCGAGCCGCGCGGUUUUGGCAGUAGCCGUCUCCGAGGCCUGCUGUGAUAUCUCACCUUUACUGUCAAGGAACGCCACACGGCAAGCGGCUACUGGUUCUGCUAUGUGCAUGUACUGUAGUUAGUACAAAUAUCCACGGAGCCGCACGCGCUAUAUACGCUAUAUUGUCAAGCUGGCCACCUCCAGUCAGAUCCCAAAACUGUCCAAGCCCUCAUGUAGCACACCUGUAUUCAUAUUAGUGAAGUCGUACUGGAGUGUAGACAACACAAAGUCAUUCAGAUGCUUGCGAUCACCAUAUGAACUUCACAUUCUCCCAGGUUUUUUUUGUUUUUUUUUCAAACUCAGGAUCACAUUCCUGAGCACAGAGCGCACUCGUGUGUUCCAGUUUCAGGACAACAAACGAGGUUCGGCGCCGUUCUUUCUCAAGAAAAGCUCCUUCUUUUAUGAUAAACUGCCACCAGCACCACAGAAGGCACUGCCUUCAGCCAUGAUCGAAUGCACCAGCACAGCAGAGAGACAGACCAACAGGCAGUGGUCAUCUUCUUUACCUUGCCAGCUACUGCGAGGCCAUGUUCAAACAAGCGAAACCACAGAGUUAUUUCAAUCCGUUGAGAUUGCUGUUUUGUCUUAUUUGCACACAGAACUAAAUGUGCCAGGGUUGUAAGAUGCUUCUGCCGCAUUGGAGACUGAUGGGAAGUCAGAAAUAUCCUACUUGCAGCCUGCGAGGUUCAACCUCAAAUCCCGUGGCUAUUUCUAUGCACUUUUGUGACGUGCUCGCGUGAGGAAAACAAUUGUUUAUACAGGCACAUUCUUUUUUUCUGGAGCUAAAAUAUUAGCUGUCGUAUAAUGGAGGAGCCAAAAUGACUCUUAAUUUGUAGUUGAAAACGGUGCGUACGGGACCCAUUCAUCGUGUCGCUGUGGGCACCACCGUUACCGUGCCAAGUCCCGUUACUGCGUUUUGUCGCAUAGCCGGACCUCCGCUGUCGUAGCAGUAGAAUCGCCCUACAAUGCGUGUUUGAGCAUGGCUUUAGUAGUACAUGAGACAGUUGAUCUCGUUCGAGCUGUUGCCUCAGGGCAGGAUAUUUGUUUGCGUAUGCUUUGCGCCGAUUGCAAAAGGAAACCCAAGUGUUUUGCCACCCGCUGAGCACUCAACCUUUCCCUGUGUCUCUCACUCUGUACACUCGCUAUGUUAUACCUCAUGUUUACAACAAAUGAAACUGUGAACUUCUUGUUUAAGCUGUAAAAGUACACUUAAAAGCCUGAUCUCUCACGCGCCUGCUUGAAAACUGCUUUGACUUACCCAGGGAAAACAUCUGUUAGUCAACAUCGGCACGUUUGUCCGUCCCCAAGCUCCCGAUCCGUUGCGAUGGCAAGCCUCCUCCUCCUCGUCGUCCUUGCUGGCGUCGGCCUCUCCUCCCACGCCGACAUUCUCACGGACACCUGCCCUAAAUCGUUCCGGCGCUGUUUGGCGGAGGAAGACGACAAUCCUCUCUAGGGAUAUGUUCACACGUGGAAUGUAAAAGAAUAGCAAUUGUACAAUUAAUAGGACGUUGUGAAGUCCCACACUCGUUUGAUGUCGCUACAUAUUGUGCACCGGUGUCCUCCUUGUUAUGCUUGACUGGGUGAGUGUGUAAGAUGACAGAAAGCCAGGAUUGAGUGGUAAAACUGCUGUUGGAUUGAUUUGAUAUGAUAUGUACACGCCUGGAGCGAGGACUAAAAACCCUGAGCAAUGUGUUAUCGUUGCUGUGGGGGGUUUUCCUUCUCUUUUGACUUCGAUUGAUAUCUGAUUACGGUGUCAAGAGAAUGUGGGUCUAUUUCUGUUCAUUGUCGGUGCAUUUGCGGUGAUCUCCAUUUAAUUAAGUAUUCCGUUUACCUUGGUUAAGAAAAAACAGCUCGUUAUCGAUCCAAUCCUUUUUGGCAUUGGACGACCGACCCACAGACGACUCGGCAAAUGACAAAGUAUGGGUAACGUGUCAUUCCCUCUAGUUUGUAAUAUAAGAAACGUUUGUCACUAGUCAAGUGUCUGACUCUAAAGGAAAUAGAGUUUGGGUGUUUUCAUUCCCAAAAAUAUGAAACAGUUCAUGUCUUUCUUAACUUUCCAUGCAAUCUUCCUUUCAGGACAGCAAAGGAGUAUUCGCCCCACGGAAAAAGAAUUUUUAAGUCAUAACUGUAUGACAAUAUGAACAAAAAAGUGAUAUAACUUCUAAUGUCAUGAGAACGAAAAGUAUAUUGCAAGUAUAACGUACUGUGUGUGUGUAUGUGUUAAGAUGAGGAUUGUCAAGUGAAACUUUCACAAAGAAUGAAAUGAAUUGGCAUUUGGACAACCCCCAUCAUCAGUACGGAAUGUUGAAUGUGCUUUUCGGAAGCAUUUGUGUUGUCUGUCCCUGAAAACGAAUUGCACACUUCAAUGGCCUCUUUUGCUGGCUUUGUUAAAGCAGUCAAGCGUUUGGUCAAAUAUGACCCGAUGACUACGCGGUGGGUCUCUUGUCUAUGGUAGGUUUGUCGACAGUUCAAAGCAGUUUAAAACGACAACUUGAAUCUCUGAAUGCUAAAGAAAAUUGAAUUGAAUUUCACGUUUGUUACUUUUCAACGCGGCUCUACUUCUCUGUAAUGCAAUUCAAUUCUUAGCAUGCGGUCGAUUCCUCCAAGAGGGUCAUGUUUACAGUUUUACAACUUUCCUUUGAUACUUGUACAACGUAUCCAUCGGUUUUCCUUUUCGGCGUUUUAUUUCCGAUGCAAUCGAGGUAGGCGACGAGUGUCGUUAGUUUUCUGUUUUCAAAUUUGGACUCCAAAAGCAUUUGUCGGUUAAAGCGAACGUGAGGCUUAUCUUGUUGACUUUUCCAAAAUAAGAUGGAUGGCUUGCCGUUCGUUCGGACCUUCGACUCGGGUCCAUCCUGUGUAAUAAUAACGAUACUAUAAUAAGAAGAAUAAAAGCUAUCGUAACUCAAUGUCGUGAUAAGAAUAUUGCUUAUAUUGUUUGUUGCUUACAAAAAAAUAGCCUUGUUAACUUUAAAGUAGUCGUGUCCAAACCAAUUUGAACCUUUCGUUCAAGACGGCGCUGCUUUGUGCCAGAGCGUCAGCGAGAGAUUUUGACCGAACCGUUUAGCUCCUGCUCAAGUUCCAGAGAUGGUGGGACGCAUUGAGGUGGGAAUCAUGUAACCCCUGUUAAGGAUUGUAAGAUACACUAUUGUGUCAAUGUUUGUGGCUCUGAAAACUGCCUGCACUUCCUCUGUGACGUCUAUAAGCAUAAGCAUGACAUGUGAAGCCAUUCUUUGACUAUUUAGCAUGGGAUGGCAGAUUUUCCUUCUCUGCCUCGAGUACACCAAGAGAGGACUGCACCAUCGCGUGAGCAGGAGUCAACAACUGAGAACAACUCAGCCAACUUAAGCAUCUAUUAUUGGCAAAGAAGGAUAAAAAGAGUCUUUUUGGAAGUUCAAAAGCGAUAAGCGAUGACCUUCACGAAAUUUCCAACCCGAGGCCAAUCGAUUGUGCCUUGAAUGAGAGAUUUAGGACACAAAGUUAUUGCCAUGAUGGAGAUGUCCUCUCUUGCUUCUGUUUCGUCCUUUUCGCUGUGACUGUAUAUCGCGUGAACUUGUGAGACAUCAUGUGAGGCUCUGUCCGUUUUCUUUUGGCGAAGCACCAAGUUGAAUGUAAAAGCUGAGCGAGAUGACGGCCUCCAAGGCCCCCGCGGGUGUAUUUGAUACACUGCUGCUGCUUGUGGCUUGUUUUGUCAAUUUCUUUGUGUUUUUUCUUUUUCAGUAACAAAUCACACAAUCAAAGAAUGGCUUCUGAAAGCUAUUUGUAUUUGUGGCUCUGUUAUAUCUAUUUUCAGCAUUAUAUAUAAAACAAAUAUUUGAUACCAAAA